CUGGCCACACACUGCCCACUCUGCACCGCCCGGGCUCCAGACUCUUUGCAGCCCAUACGGUGUGUGCCGCGUCCAUCCGAGCCAGGAGCGCCCCGCAGGCAGGCGGUGGUGGAUGCGCGGGCGGCAGCCCACAGUAUGGAUUCAGAUUCUGGAGAGCAGAGCGAGGGCGAGCCCGGGACUGCUGCAGGUCCUCAUGUGUUUAGUUCCAAGAAUCUCGCCCUUCAAGCCCAGAAGAAGAUCCUGAGCAAGAUAGCCAGCAAAACUGUGGCCAACAUGCUGAUUGAUGACACCAGCAGUGAGAUCUUUGAUGAGCUGUACAAAGUCACAGAAGUACACACCCACAACAAGAAGGAGGCCCACAAGAUCAUGAAGGAUGCUAUCAAGGUGGCAAUCAAAAUUGGUAUUCUCUACCGGAACAAACAGUUCAGUCCAGAGGAGGUUAUAAUUGUGGAGAAACUUCGGAAGAAACUAAACCAGACUGCGAUGACCAUGGUUAGCUUCUACGAAGUAGAGUAUACCUUUGAUACGAAUGUGCUCUCUAAGCUUCUGCAUGAGUGCAAGGACCUGGUACAUGAACUGGUACAGCGACACUUGACACCCAGAACCCAUGGACGCAUAGACCAUGUCUUCAACCACUUUGCUGAUGUGGAAUUCCUUUCCACUCUCUAUGGUCCGCAUGGAAACUGCAGGCCCAAUCUCAAGAGGAUUUGCGAAGGAAUCAAUAAAUUGUUAGAUGACAAGAUCCUCUGAACAGCUUCCCCCUCUCUUGGACUUUGCUGCUUCGAAGUUAGAAUAUUCAACCUCAUCCAGUGAGAAUCAAGCAGCAACCCUUGUUCAAGAUGUUCUUGUGUCUUCUUUAUAACUCUGAUGCGGAUUUGAACCCAGACUUGGGUGUGUUUACUCCCUGGGCACAGGCAAGAGCUCUCAAGUCUAAACGAACUGUGUUUAGCAAAGAACAGUCUGUUGUAAGCAGAAAGGCUGCUUCGCUUACCUUCCUGAGCUCCGUUAAUCUCAAAGUGGAAGGCAUCCUGGAUUAGGAUACAGAGAACAUGGAUGUGGAUACCAGCCCUGCCGCUAUUAAGGAGAUCUGUGUUCUGGAACUGGAUGCUUCCUGACUACCUCACUGGGCUGUGGUGAGGACUGAACAGGAAAACUCGUAUUCACAGCUUUCUGAAACAGAGACCAGUGACUGUAUAUAAUAAAUGGAUGUGGCAUAAUUGUUCAUAAUUAGUGGGUUUGUUUGUUGCUAGUUGUCAUAGCAUAUUUAGUAAUCACAGUACUGUAGAGGCCAGGUUAUAAGAAUUAUGAUUGGGGUUGGGGGGAGUAUGGAUUAAAGAAUGAGGUUCACAGAAACCUGACCUAUACAGAAAACUCCCGGGAAAGAAAUAGAAGAAAAGGAAGAAAGAGCUCCUUGCCUCCUUUAAGAGAAACGAGAGUCCGGGUGAUGCUGCCCCCUUUAUUCUGCAUGUGGAAUGAGGACACCCAUUCAAGGCUGCCACGGUGACUCUCAGUUUAGGAAGAGCUUUCCUUAUUUUCCGGUUCUCUCUGGUUUCUCCGGCUCUCCAGUUUCAUCUCCAGUUACAUCUGUUGAGAACCACCCUACGUCACAGGCUGCGUUGACUCACUGUCUCACACGUCUCCUCCUUUCCUCUCCUCUUCUCUUACACAGACAUGCUCUGUUUGGAUGAAUGGUUUUUAAUUUCCUUAAUGAGAUGAUAAGUUCUGUUUUGUAGGGGGUGGAGAUUCUGCCCUUAAAUUUUAUUUAUAAUUGAUCUGUACUCAUUUUAAGUAUUUGUUGUGGUAUAAGGCUUGAGUGGAUGUAUAUACUGAAUUACCAAAUCAGUGUAAUUAGCAAAUCUAUCGCAAAUAUUUAUUUUUUCUGGCAGGAAUAUUCAGAAUCCCUCACUUGAGCUAUUUAGUAAUAUGUAGCACAUUAUUGUUAGCUAUAGCUACCCUAUUAUGAAACAGAACAGUAUAACGUUCCUAUGUAAAUGUGACUAUCAGCCCCUCCUCAUCUCUUUCCCUCUCCACUUCCCACUCUGUAAUAACUGAUGUUCUGCCUUUUAUUUCUUAGAUAUCAACUUCUGAAUUAUUUCCUGUUUGUGAAUUACUCAGUGUUUGUUCAAUGUCUGUCUCAUUUCACUUAACAUAAAGUUUUGUGAUUUUAUCCACAUUGCUGCAAAUGUCAGAAUUUUUUUUUUUACAAUAAAAAUAAAAACCCACCAUUCCAUUCUGUUCAAAUGUCACUUUUUCUUCUGUCGCUCAUCAUCUGCUGAUGGGUGCUUUGAGUCUGUCUCUCAGCUAUUGCGAAUAUUGCUGUAAUAAAUAUGGGGAGUCCCCGUACCUGUUUUCAACAUGAUUAUUUCAUUUACUUGGCAUACAGAGCCAGUAGUGUAGUUUCUGGGUUAGGUGGCAGUUUUAGCCUUUACUUCAUAGGAAACAACCACUCUGUUUUCUGCAAUGGCUGUUCUGCUGUGUAUCUGCAGCAAUGUUAUAAAAGAUUUCCAUUUCCCCCACAUUCCUAUUAACAUGUGCCAUCCUCUGUCUUUUUUUAUAUUACCAUUGUAUCCUCAGAGAAGUAAAAUCUCACUGUGAUUUCUAUGUGUAUUUUCCUAAUAAUUAAUGAUUGUAAUAAUUUUUACAAAUAUUUUGGCUAUCAGUGUGCCUCUUUUUGAGAGAUUUCUUUCCUUGUCUUUUCCCUUUUAAAAUUUGGAUUGUGUUUUAGUACGUGGUUGAGAUCUUUGGUUAUGUUAAUAGUCAUAUAUAUAUAAUAAUAUAUACGUAUAUUAUUAUUAUUAUUAUUAUUAUUAUUAUUAUUAGAGUUAGUGACUAUGUAUUCUGUAGAUGGCAUAACCAGUGAAACUGAGCUGCCCAGGCUAAGAUCUGAGUCAAUUCCAGAUGUGAGACCUUGAGCUACAGGAUUUAAUUUCCACUGUUAAGCUUUGGUUUUGCUUUGAUUUAUUGCGACUGUCCCUGGUUCUUCCCUCUUGGAAUAAGAACUAUGUAACUUGUCUGUGAUUUUAAAGGAGCCCAAACUUUGGAACUUUAUGGAGACUUUGGGUAUUUUAAAGAGACUGAACUUUUAACCACUGUGCAACUUCAAAAGUUAUAUCAUGUCUUAUAUUGUGACGUUGAUAUUAAUGUGAGAUCUUGGGAUAAACAAAAAGGGAAGGUUGUGGAUUAAGAAUAAUGUUUUAUCAAUGCAUACCAUGACAUGGGGUCCAGUGACUUGGUUGAAUAUUUGUCAACUUGUCAUUGGCUGGAGUUUUCUGGGAAGACAGAUAUCUAUUGAGAAAACACAUAUAUCUAAUUGUAGCAAAUGUCUAGGUCAUUUUCCUGACCAGUGAUUGGUGUGAAAGGAUCUAGCUUGCUGGAAAUGGUUUCACCCCCUGGGUGGGUGAUCUAGGAUUGUGUAAGGAACCAGGCUGAGCAAACCAUAGAACCAAGCUAGUAAGCAGCAUCCAUCCAUGGCCUCUACUUUAGUUCCUGCCUUCAGGCUCCUACUAUGAGUUUGUGCACUUAACUCCCUUCAUAAAGGACUUUAGUCUGCAAGGAUACAUAAACCCUUUCCUUCUCAAGUUGCUUUUGGUCAAAAUGUUUUAUCAUGCCAGUAGAAAGCAAACCAAGAAAUACGAUAUAGAGUCCUUUAAGUAUAUCCUGAGUACAACUUGAAGUCUGGGAUGGCAGUCCCUCCAGUCAUCUUUCACUGUUUAAGGUUUUGAUUGUUGUCUUUGGUAUUUUUAUAUAACAUUCAAGUUUUUUUUCUGUAAAGGGUUGCCUUUGAAUUUUGGUAGGAAUUGCAUUAAAUCUCUAAAUUGCUUUUUUUAGGAUGGCUGUUUUUAUAGUAUUAAUCCUGCCAAUCCAUGAGCAUGGGCGCUCCUUCCAUCUAUCUCCUGGUAUAAUCUUUCAUGUCCUUUUUCAGUGUCUUAAAGCUUUUAUUGUAUAAGUCUUUUGCUGCCUUUGAUUUUUUCCAUGACUUUUAAAGGCUAUGGUAAACUUAAUUGUUUCCCUGAUUUUUUUUCUUGGUAUUUGUGUACAGAAAGGCUAUGUAUUUUUUUCAGUGUUAUAUUUGAAUCCUGCUACUUUUCUGAAUGUGUUAAUCAGGUGUGGGAUAUUUCUUGUGGACUCUUCAGGGUCUUUUGUGUAUAGAAUCAUAUCUACAAACAAGGAUACUUUGCCUCCUUCUUUGUAUCUUCUCUAUUGCCUUCACGUGUCUUAUUGAGGGAGAUAAGGCUUCCAGCACUUUAGUAACUAGGAUGGUGACAAGGUGGGCACAUUUGAUUUGUUCCAGUUUUAAAGAAAAUGCCUUCAGUUUCUUUUUGCUGCCCCCCUCUUCCUUCCUUUGUAAUUCUUGAAUAAUGGUAAGAAUAAACAAAACU